GUUAGGAUCACCCCAUUCCUCUAGAAGUUUUUUCCGAUUCCACCACCCCGUCACACCGAGGAAAACUGGCCUCGGUUACGGGAGAAUUAUUGUUUAUAUCGGACAUACCGUGUAUUUUUCCUCCCUGUGACUACUUUUAUUUCAUUUGCGUAUUUUGACGAUCCGUUUUUUUUGGCGACACCGGUUAUUUUCGCCCUCUUUUCAUCUCCAGCGCUUUCCAUUGUAGAGGAGGCAGGGGAAGACUUGGUGUCCUGUGCAAUAGUAGUGACUAAACCAAGUUUUUCCCCUGCAUUACCAGAGGAAUGAGUAGCUACACGAGCUGAGAGAGAGGAGGAAGACACUUCACGCGUAUGAUUGAAUGUUCGACAUGGAAUGCAACAAUCUGAUCAACGAUUUGGGAGAAAAUGGGUUGCCUUCAGCUACAUCUUCCAUUAUGCCACCAGAGGAGAGUCCCUCCAACAUGAAGAAGGACGGCCGCGAUGACGUGAAGAGCCCCCAGAACACAGAGACGCCACUCAGAGCCCACACCCCCACGAAGACGGACGCCGAGCAGAGGGCACGCACCCCCACAAAGAUGGACGGCGAGCGGAGAGCACGCACCCCCACUAAAGGGGAGGGCGUCCCCAAAUCGCCCAUGUCCCCAGCCACACCCACACGGCGAACCAGCUCUAGCCCCAGACCCAAUAAAGACGUGAUGAAGUCUGAAGACCGACAGAAACAAGCCAAGGAGCGCCGAGAGGAGCGAGCUAAAUAUUUGGACGACCGUUACCAGCUACAAGCAUCCAAGAAGGCCCAGUGGCUGGAGAAGGAGGAGAAGGCGCGGCAGCUGCGGGAGCAGCAGCUGGAGGAGCGGCGGCGGCGGCUGGAGGAGCAGCGCGUGAAGACCGAGAGGAGGCGCGCCGCCCUGGAGGAGCGGCAGAAGCAGAAGCUGGUGAAGAACAAGGAGAAAUAUGAAGCCGCCAUCCACAGAUCCACCAAGAAGUCGUGGGCCGAGAUCCGACAGCAGAGGGGGUCCUGGGGCGGGCCCCUCCGAGGGAACAUCCAGAGAGAGAGCAUCUGCUCCAUGUCGGCAGUCAACCUCCCCAAACAAGUGGACUCGUCCAUAAACAAGAGACUGUCCAAGUCCUCCGCCACGCUCUGGAACUCACCCAGUCGAAGCCGUAGGCGGGAGCUGAGCCCGUGGGAGAGCAGCAUCGUGGACCGGCUGAUGACCCCGACCCUGUCCUUCCUGGCGCGCAGCCGCAGCGCCGCCAGCGUGCUGAGCAACAGCAGAGACUCACAGUCCCCUGUGUGCCCGCGCUCUGCCUCUGCCAGCCCGCUGACCCUGUGUGCCCACCGGCCGCACCACCGCUGCUCCGACCGCUGGAGGGUCACCACCAGCACCCCAGACAUCGCUCAGCGCGCCCCGCGACGAGACUCCACACCGAUUGAUCGAAGGAAGAAGGAGAAGAAGGACAAAGAGCGAGAGAAUGAGAAAGAGAAGAGUGCCCUGGCCAAAGAGAAGGUGCUGAAGAAGAGACAGUCUCUGCCCUCCAUGAGGAUCAGGAGUGAAGCCAGUCCCAGUCCACUGUCGCGACGGACGGCGUCCCCGGCCACGCCCCCCCGAGGCAGGGUGUCCUCGCCCAGCCCGGCGCCAUCUCCGCGGGGCUCCUCUGCCCGCGCCAGCCCCUCCGCCCCCAAGGCCCGGCCCAAGCGCGCCAGCACGCCCGCCCGCGUCACCCCCCGCUCCGCCUCGCCCGCCCCCAUCGAGAGGGUCCGAGAGCGAGGCCGCUCCACCACGCCCGAGUCCAAGGUCCGCCUUCAUGCUCGUUUUUCCGUCUUUCCCUCGUCAGGAUCCUCCCCCGUUCCCUCCAUCGUCGUGUCUUCCGCCCCCGUCACACCACCCCCCACCACCACCACCACCACCCCCGUGGCCUCGUCUGCCACCACCACCCCCACGCCGACCGCUGACGUCGGCCAAUCGCAGCCAGCUCCUGCUCCGGCUACCCCAGCAACCUCCCCCGCCGCCCCACCGGCAGCGUCCACUCCCGGUCCGGCCCCAGCGGCGACCCCAGCGGCGGCCUCUCCGGGCAAGCCCAUGGCGGGCACCAACAACCCGGAGGAGGCGUCGCGCAUCCUGGCCGAAAAGAGGAGGCAGGCCCGCGAGCAGAGGGAGCGCGAGGAGCAGGAGAAACGCGAGCAGGAGGAGAGGGACAGGGUGCUCCGCGAGGAGCGCGUUGCGCGGGAGGCGGAGGAGCGUAAGCGGCGGGAGGAGGAGGCGCGGCUGAUGGGCGAGCAGCAGAAGCAGCGGGACGAGGAGGAGCGCCUCCUGCAGGAGAAGGAGGCGCAGGAGAGAGCGCGCGCCGAGCAGGAGGAGAACGAGAAGCUCCAGAAGCAGAAAGAGGAGGCUGAAGCUAAGGCCAGAGAGGAAGCAGAGCGACAGCGACUUGAGAGGGAGAAGCACUUCCAGAAGGAGGAGCAGGAGAGACUGGAGAGAAAGAAGCGUCUGGAGGAGAUCAUGAAGAGAACACGCAAAACAGACGGCGCUGGAGACAAGCCCAAGGACUCCAAGCCCUCCUCGCCUCCACAAGUGAACGGCAAAGACGCCCAGUCGGACCCUGAGAGCACCAAAGCUGCAGCUGACUACCAGCCAAGCCCAGAUGAGACUCAGCAGCAGCAGCAGCCCCUGAGUGCUAACGACAGCCCUGCGGUGGUGAAUGGAGUACAGCCUGCCAAGCACGAGAACGGCCUGUCGGGCAAAAGCGACGCCACCCACUUCGAGGAGAUCAUCCAGCUGUCCAACCACUGCGGCAGCAACGGCGGUGGACGGGACAAGUCGGAGAGUGACAUUCCUCACGAGCCAAUCAUGGCCUUUGAGAGUGGGGAGAGCUUCCUGAAGAAGGCGGCCCCAAUGAAGCCUCAGCAUGUUGCAGAGGUGCUGUGAAGAGGGAGAUGCCCCCACACAGGACCCUGACACACCCAGUGCCCUCACAUCCCAACCUGACAGAGGGACUUCUCUCUCUCUCUCUCUCUCUCUCUCUCUCUCUCUCUCUCUCUCUCUCUCUCUCUCUCUCUCUCUCUUUCUUUAUUUCUCUUUCUUUAUUUCUCUCUCUCUUUCUCUUCUCUUUCUCUCUCUCUCCCUCUCUGUCUCUCCCUCUCUCUCUUUCCCUCUCUCUGAGGGUGGACAGCCUACAGCACAGUGUCCUGUGCCAAAUCACAUUAUUGAUGUUGAAGAUUGUACAAAGAGGAACAGCCGCACUCAUCACCUCCUCCCGCCCCACGCGAAAAAAAAAAAAUGUCUGGGGGAACAGUCAUUCUCAUCGUGGUCUCUAAACACUACCCCUCUCGCCAACCACCACUCACCACCCCCUCCUUCAAACACACACACACACACACACACACACACACACACACACACAUAUACACACUGUCUCGGUCAAGAGAAGCUACAGGCAUCCACUGCUCCAGCUAGCAAGAAGAUGUACAGAAACUGUGCCAGUGAGGAUUGUACUGAUCAGAAGAGCUGACGGCACUGAGCCCCUCACCCCUUCUCCUCCCUAUGAGAUUGCACCUUAAAACAGACAGCAUCACCUUCUCUUAGAGUGACGGAGGACAAAAAACAGCAAGAUCCAGAGGGGGAAGAGGGAGAAAGAUUUGACAUUUAGAAUGAAAUGCUGUCAGGCUGAUUCUACUGUGCUUUGAGCUGAAGAGAAGAGAGUGUUGGUUGUUUUCGAUUCUUUUUUUUUUUUUUUUUUUUCCAAUGUUUAGUUAUUUAACUUGAAAACAGACAUGUAACUAUUGGGUACAGUUGUUUGUGAAUAUUGUAAAUGGAUCUUUGUGUGCUGGAUUUAAAAAAAGAAUGCAGUCUAGGAUUAAAAAUGGUCUUUAUAUAGA